GGGAUGUGGGCGAAAAAAACGUUUUGACAGUUCGUUUGGUAGCUAACUAGCCACCAGAGAGUUCGCUUCCUGCAAAUAGUUGUGUUAUUCCAGUGAUCGUCUUCCUGGCAUUCUUUCGAUUUCAGUGCCAUUAUGACAUCAAUAGAUGAAAACAGUAAAGAAAAGUUGCGCUCUGUGUCUGUGGACCUAAACCAUGAUGCCUCUCUUCUUAUUGACAUUCCCGAUGCACUCUGUGAAAGAGACAAAGUCAAGUUUACAGUUCAUACAAAGACCACACUGAGCUCUUUCCAGAAGCCGGAUUUCUCUGUUCCCAGGCAGCAUGAAGAUUUCAUCUGGUUACAUGACACUCUGGUGGAGACGGAGGAUUAUGCUGGCCUAAUAAUUCCGCCAGCACCCCCGAAGCCUGACUUUGACAGCCCAAGAGAGAAGAUGCACAAACUGGGGGAAGGUGAAGCCACUAUGACCAAAGAGGAGUACACUAAAAUGAAACAGGAGCUGGAGGCUGAAUACCUGGCUGUCUUUAAGAAAACUGUCCAAGUGCAUGAAAUCUUCCUGCAGAGACUGUCUUCUCACCCUGUUUUAAGCAAAGACAGGAACUUCCAGAUUUUCUUGGAGUAUGACCAGGAUCUCAGUGUGAGGCGAAAAAAUGCAAAGGAAAUGUUUGGAGGAUUCUUUAAAAACAUGGUAAAGUCAGCUGAUGAAGUCCUUAUCUCAGGAGUAAAGGAAGUUGAUGACUUUUUUGAGCAGGAAAAAACCUUCUUGCUUGACUAUUACAGCAAGAUCAAAGAUUCCACCGCCAAAGCAGAGAAAAUGACCCGUGCACACAAAAAUAUUGCAGAUGAUUAUAUUCACAUUUCUGCCACUCUGAACAGUCUCACAGCUGAUGAUAUGACAGCAAAUAAGAAAAAUCUUGAGAAGCUGUCAGACUUGUUUGAGAAGCUUAGAAAAGUGGAGGGAAGAGUGGCGUCUGACCAGGACCUAAAACUCACAGAGUUGCUGAGAUACUACAUGAGAGACAUCCAGGCUGCUAAGGACCUUCUGUACAGACGAGCCCGGGCGUUGGCUGACUACGAGAACUCUAACAAAGCUUUGGAUAAGGCCCGACUGAAGAGCAAGGAUAUUCCCCAGGCGGAGGAACACCAGCGGCAGUGCCUGCAGAAAUUUGACAAGCUCUCAGAAUCUGGGAAGAAAGAACUCACCAGUUUCAAGGGCAGACGAGUCGUGGCCUUCAGAAAGAACUUCAUAGAGAUGGCUGAGCUUGAGAUAAAGCACGCCAAGAACAGCGUGGCUCUAUUGCAGGGUUGCAUCGAGCUGCUCAAGAGCAACUGAUGCGCUGAAGUAUUCCUGUGCUGCCAUCACAAAGUGACCAGUCAAAGAACGGAAACUUGGCGUCCCCGGGGGAGGGGGCCUUGCACGGACAUGAAUCUCAGCUCUGUGCCCGCUCUCGCCUGGGUCUGAUGCCACUUUUAAACCCUGCACAAGAUUAAGUGUCUUGUAUGCACAGUGUCUUCAUGUUUACAGAGUCCCUGUCCUCUGGUCUGUGGUCCAUCCUUUUCCAUUAAUUUAAGGAAGUCUAGCUCAAUGUGAAUGGCUCCAGAAGAGAAUGUGGCGGCCCAACAUCAAGGUCUUCCAUAUUUUUUUGCAGCAUCAAAUCAUUUUGGGGGUUUUUUGUUUUAUUUUUUUUUUACCUUAAACACAUAUUAUAUUUCUUGCUUUUCGAUCAUGUUUCUGCCUUCAUUUCCUCCACUCUAACCUCUUUCUUUAUAUAUACUUUUACACAACUUUAAAAUACUUAGAUAAUCAUUUCCACAUAAUUGAUUGAUUUAUGAUUUAUGUGUUUUAUCUUUUGGGGCUUUUAUUU